AUGGCUGCAAUCAGCCCCUCCAAUUCCAUCCCCCAUCCCUCCCUCAGCCGGCCAGUCCCCACUGAAGCCCCCCGGCUUGUGCACUCUUUCAAUCAGCAGAAGAACUCUGUCUUGAGCUUGUCUGCGGACGCUAAUCAUAUCUACAGCGGUAGCCAAAGCCAGGACAUAUGUGUUUGGGACAGAAACACAUGUACGUUAAAGACGACGCUGAAAGGCCAUACGGGUAGCGUGCUUGCUUUAGAGUACGCGGAAGACAUGGACUGGUUAUUCAGUGCAUCCGGCGAUAGUACAGUUCGAGUAUGGUCGACAAAGACUCACAAACCUUUAUUCGUGCUGCAUCCCUAUCUUGAGACCGACGCAGGCGAUAUUUUCUGCCUUGUCUGGAGCCGCACGUUCCAGACAAUUUAUUUCGGCUGUCAGAACACGUCCUUACAAUGGUAUCAUUUUGAUGCCCAGCACAACAUAUUGGAGCAGCACCAGCCUAGCUCUGGAACAUCCACACCCAGUAGUCGUGCCAGGAAAGCCCACAAGUUCUUCGACAGCUAUCCUCAGUAUGAAAGGCGUCCGGCGGACAUAUUUGCGAUGAACGGUUCUUUAACCCCGUCAACCACAUUCUCGUCCGACGGUGAAUCUUGUGUACAACUACCCGCUCCUGUGCCGUUACCCCGAGCGGUGCUGCAUAUCCCGCCGGAAAACGUAGUGGACUCCGCCCACUAUGGAUAUGUUUAUUGUAUGGCAUUGUUGCCGUCUAAUAGGGAAGGAUCGGACGAUCCUGAUUUAUCCAACCACGGGAAGACAUUGCUAGCCACUGGCAGUGGAGACGAGAGCCUUUGGAAUUGUGCCGCACAGGGACUUACCCUGCUGCACACCUUUGAGUGUUGCCAUGGCGCAGUCUUAUCCCUCACUGUAAGAGGGGACACCAUCUUCGCAGGAUGUCAAGAUGGCUACGUCAAAAUCUGGGACCUUGAAACCAAGACGCUAGUGCGCACGAUAAUCGUGCAAGAGGGUGUAGAUGUUCUAUCCUUGUCGAUGCUAUACUCUGAUCUCUAUACCUGCUCAGCGAACGGACAGGUGCAGCGCUGGUCUGCCUCUUUUGAUUGCUCCGCAUCCUGGUCCGCCCACGACGGGAUUGUUCUGUCUUCCAUCAUGAUGCGCUGUGCACAACCGAACCAUUUCCGUCUGGUGACUGGAGGCAAUGACGAUCAUAUCAAGGUAUGGGAGGUUGAGCCGCCUACUUCCCGCGCAUCGCACAAAAUAGACGGCCUUCCCGCAGGUGACUCGGAAAGCAUAGAUGAUAUCAUGGUCUAUGCGCUCUCCAAGUUCGUCUCGAUACCGAGCAUAAGCAAUAGCCCUGCCCAUCAGGAAGACUGUCGGCAGGCGGCUAUCUGGCUCAAAAAAUGUUUUAAUCAGCUUGGUGCAGAUGCGUCCUUGCUGCCCGUGGCAGAGGGGAAGAAUCCUUUGGUAUUGGCCACGUAUCGUGGAGCGCAGCUAGAGAAACCUAAACCACGUAUUCUAUUCUAUGGUCAUUACGAUGUAAUCAGCGCAUAUCCCGAAGGGUGGACUUCCGACCCGUUCGUGCUAUCCGGGCGGAACGGGUAUCUGUAUGGGCGCGGUGUGACUGAUAAUAAGGGCCCCGUCAUUGCUGCAGCAUCGGCAGCGGCGGAGCUGCUCAGCAAGCGAGCCCUUGGCGUGGAUCUUAUCUUCCUGGUUGAAGGAGAAGAAGAGGCGGGCAGCCGCGGAUUUGCGGAAACGGUUCGGAGGAAUAAGGACCUUAUCGGGCAUGUCGAUGCUAUUCUCGUCAGUAAUUCAACCUGGAUUACUGAGGACCCACCGUGCAUAACAUACGGUCUUCGAGGUGUUGUCCGAUGCAGCAUUGAGAUAUCGAGCAAGCGGCCUGACGUCCAUUCUGGAGUGGAGGGAGGUGCAGUGGUUGAGCCUAUGUUUGAUAUGGUCAAAUUAUUGGCAACACUCAUGGAUGACCAGAGGCGCGUCCUGAUCGACGGAUUUUAUAAGGAUGUCCGACCUAUGACGGAAGAUGAGCAGCAAUUGUAUCGGUUGCUGUCUGUAGUCACCCAAAGGCCCGCCUCGUCAUUAUCAUCACGAUGGAGAGAGCCAUCUCUCACUAUCCACGGAGUAGAGGUAUCUGGCCCCAAAAAUCCAACCGUUAUACCUGCGCAAGUUAAGGCUCAGGUGUCUAUACGGAUAGUUCCGGAUCAAGACUUAGAUACUAUCGCUGGUUCGCUAUGCAGGCAUCUGCAGACCUCGUUUCUCAGACUGAACUCGCCGAACGAAUUGAAGGUAGCCAUAGACCACAAGGCGGAUUGGUGGUUGGGUAGUCUGGAGGACCCGUACUUCCAAGCUCUGGAGAUCGCCAUCCGAGACGAAUGGGGUGUGGACCCGUUAAGGAUACGAGAAGGAGGAUCAAUCCCGAGUAUACCAUACCUCGAGAAGGAGUUUGGGUGCCAUGCGCUGCAUUUGCCGAUGGGCCAGAGUUCGGACCAGGCCCAUCUAGCGAACGAGCGGAUCUCGCUCACCAACUUGCGCAAAGGCAAGUCGGUCAUCGAGCGGUUCCUGGGGAGUGUAGCCGGUAACAAGGAGUCCGGCACUGACAAUUGCUGAGAAAUAGCAUGUUUCUGGCUAGGCGACACCUAAUAUUUCAAUGGUCUUCGAUUAAAUACUCUACGAAACUCAUGUAGUAUCCCUCCUGCACCACAGGCGUCAUGUACUGUAUUGUUCGUUAUAUAAUCUCUAGUGAUGCACUCACCA